AUGCUCCACCUGCGGCACGCACUCCGUCGAGUGCCGCCCGCGGGACGCACCGCGGGACACCGUGCAGCCAGCACCGCUCUUUGGCGCUGGGGCCUGGGCGAAGGGUUGGAGAGAACGCCGCAGCGAGUGGCCGAGGGUGAGGGCGUCAGCGCGGUCGCCUGCGGCUUGGAACACUCGGCCUUUGUCGUGGAUGGCCAGUUGUACACCUUUGGCGCCAACGCUGAUCACCAGCUGGGCCGCGCCUCCGAAAACGACGCCCAUUGCGCCGUGGCCAAACUGGUGGCGCCUGAUGGCCACCAGCCGCAGGCGCAGCAGGUGGCGCUUGGUGCGCGGCAUACAGCGGUCAUCAGCGAAGGCGGAGUGCUUUGGACCUGCGGCUAUGGCGGCAGCUUCUGGUUUGGUGCUGGGGCUUUGGGUUUGAACCUACGGGGCACCGUGCCGGAACUACGGAUGGUGAUGCCCUUCGUGCAAGAGGGCACCGAAAUUCUGCAGGUGACCUGCGGCGACAUGCAUAGCUUGGUCCUGGACAGCGAGGGCCGUGUAUACAGCACCGGGCAAGGCUUCUUUGGCGCGUUAGGCCGGGGUGCCUUGGCGUCCACCGGUGAGGAGUUGGAGUUCAAGGAGGUGGUCUUCUUCCGGAAGACGACCGACUCCAUCCUGAAUCCUGGCGUCGAGCCACAGAUCGUGAAGCUGGAUGCAGGCAGGGAGUUUUCAGCGGCCAUGUCGUCGCAUGGCGAGCUUUGGGUUUGGGGGAAGAACGACGCUCGCUGCAGAGGGUUUGGGACCAGGUGGACGGCUCAUCCGCCUGCCCAGAGGAAGUAUCCUUUCUUACUCCGCCAGCUUCCCAUGGAGGGCCACGUCUUUCGCGACGUCGCCUGUGGGGACCGGCACAUCGUGGCGGUGACCACGGCUGGGGCCAUCUACGAAUGGGGCGAUCGGAGGAACUUUGAGCCAACGGCCAUCACCCUGCCAAGCCGCUACCAGGAUGGCUUGAAAGGUCGGACGUCCGGGCUUGAUUGUGAAAGCUGUUCCUUUGCCCUCACGGUCUCUGGGGAGCUCUACUCCUGGGGUCGCCCAGACAGUGGAUGCGUCCUAACCCACGAGGCCCACGAGGAAGUAGUCACGCGCCCAAGGCUAGUGCCACCAGAGCUCUUCGGAGAUCGCAAGGUCUUGGACCUCGCCGUGUCGAAGACUCGAUGCCGCUGGGGCGGUGGUGAAGCGGAGGUGUUCCGGCGCGUGGUGGUUUUGCGCUUCGAGGGCGAGGUGGACAUGGUCUCAGCGUCCUUGAUCUUGCGGGCUUCCCGGCCUUGUCCUGCCUCAGUGCCCAUGCAGGAGAGCUGGCAGCGCGACUUUGUGCCUGGCACCUUUGGCACUGGCAGCCUCAACGCUUGGCUGCAAGAGGUCAGUAGCACCUCCUCGCGCGUGCCACCCUUAUGGUCACGCUUGGCCGCUGCGACAGAAGGCCUCGAGGUGAACGCCAAGGCGUUCGCCCUGAUCCUUUGUGCGCAAGCCUUGUCCAGUGAGACUGUCCCAGAGGCCAUGGCUGUCGCUGGCCGCUCCUUCUGUGAAGACCCACACCGGCCGGUGCCAUGCCUGUCUGCAGUGUCCUUUGGACAUGACUUCACCUCAGAAAGACUUCAAGCCUUGGAGGAGCUGUGCGCAUGGUCUGGGGGAUUGUCCUUCAAUGUGGACGAACCAGUGAUGCUGAAGCCCGCGGCCGAAGGCCUUGCGGCACACCUCUUCAGCCAGGUGAGCGACGAUGGGCGUUUCUUCGAGCGACGGCGCUACUACGCCCAGAAGCAGGAAUUGGGCACCUGCUUCAUGGAGCUGCCCAGGUUGGUCAAGUGCCUGGAAGGUGACUCGACCCCAUCGGUCACACCGUUGCAUCUCCAUCGGAGACACUCAUGCUCAGGGCUUCCGGCACUGUUGGUGAAAGCUUCGUCGCUCAUUGACUAUGCCGUACCCUCUGAAUCGAUGCUCACGGUGCUCUCAGAUGUCACCUUGGCCUUGGCUCAUCGUUGGUCCAGAUCCUUGCGGGUUUGGAGGAUCCGCCGCGGGCUGCGGGACCUGGUCUUCGGGGAGCCCGGCAGCAUCGGCUUGGACUUCGAGGAGCCGAAGCCGGAGGGAGAGGCGAGCGGCGCGCGGCUUCGCGAGGUGAGCCGGAGGCGGGCGACGCAUCCGCCGGCGUCUGCUUUGAAGAUGCAGGAAGGCUCCGAGCUGGUGGCCAUCCACCGGGUGCGUGUGACCGAGCGCACCGUGCGGAGCGAGGUCGCUCGGAGGAUCUCCUCAAGGCCUGUCUCCCUGACUUUCCGCCUGCCCAAGAGCAAGAAGGACCGGCAAUUCUGCUGUUUGUGGCCUUAA